AUGGCAACGCCAGUCGUAGGGGCCGCGGCGCAAGUGGGAGCGAGUGGGGGCGCAACGGCAGCGAGGGCGGCGGACGCGGAGAGGGCGCAACUGGUGCAGCAGCUGAACCUGGUGGGCGUGCGCGCACGCGUGGCGGAGCUGCAGGGCAGCAUCGCGCGCGUCAUGGGCGCCUUCCACGAGCAGCACGUGCACCUCAAAUGCUGGGUGCGAACGGGCAGGCUGCGUGUCCCUUGGAGGCUGGCGGGCAGGGCAGGGGGAGAUGCACUAGGCGGGGAGAUGCACUAG